AAUUCCUACCCCCAUUACCGCUACUCGGCGACGGCCUGCAGCUCGCAAGCGGUUCAAAUCCCCUUACUUCCAAUUGAUCAACGAACAGACAUCUGGUUCGGAUUAUUCAUUUAAAGGCGCCCUACUUGUUUCUCCUUCCAUCGAAUCCAUCCGCUACUAUGUCAUAUGCUGACCGCUCUCAAACACCUGAGCCAGGGCUGUACCCCCACAGCCCGGGCAGCGCCACGCCCCAAUACCGAUACAGCACGGCGGCUGACAGCUAUAGUCCAAGUGACGCUGAGAACGAGAAACUCUUCGGUGGAGCAGCUGCAGCAGGAGGCGCCAAAAGACCAGUCAGCACCCUCAUGCAGCAACUCAACCUCGACGACUCGGCGCAGCCGGGGUACAUCCCUGUCGCGACAGGCACUCCAACCGCACCCAACUUUUCUAUCUCCGAGGACAAGUCAUCAAGCGAAAUGUACGAGCAGGGACGCGGUAGGUUUAGCGAGUCAUAUCCCUACGCCCAACAACAAUACCGGGACGCACCAACGCAGGACAGUGGAUAUGGCGUGCUGGAACAAUCUUCAUCUUCACCAAAAGCCGGCGCUGGGCGGAGCGGCUUCGCAGGCUUCAUUAGGCGUAAGCCAGUUUUUCUUUCGCUUAUCGCCCUGCUCAUUCUCGCUGCCGCCGGUGUAGGUCUUGGUGUUGGCUUGACGAAAGGCCUGGCCAAUAAGAAGGCAACAACUGGCGUGACCGGCCUUGCAGACUCGGAUGGCAAGACCAGCCCAGGGGGCAGCAGCGGCAGCGGCCACAACGGCGGGAGCAGCGGCAGCACUGCACCCAAGUUGGACAGCUCAGGCAAUGACCCUUCCAAUAUCAAGCCCUUUGCCCCCUGGAACUACUCAGAUCCACAGGCCAAAGUAAUUGGCGUUUCACUUGGAGGCUGGCUUGUGCUCGAGCGAUGGAUGUAUGAGGACUGGUUCACGGCGAAUGCUGGCAACGACGCACUGGACGAGUGGUCGUUUGUGGCAAAUACUGGCAAGAAUGCGGCUAAUCUGCUCGAACAGCACUGGAGCACCUGGGUCAACGAGUCAGAUUUCGACACGCUUCUUAGCGUCGGCGUCAACCACAUUCGCAUCCCGCUCGGCUUCUGGACUAUGAUCCCGACCACGGGUGGGGAGCCGUACAUCAACACGACCCAGCUUGAUCAUCUCGAGCAGGUGCUGGGCUGGAUGUACAAGCGCAACAUGCGUGCGCUAAUCGACAUGCACGCCAUGCCGGGCUCGCAGAAUGGAGAUCAAAGCAGCGGUCACGUCUCCACCCCGGGAUGGUUCUCGCAGGACAACCAGGCCCGCUCGGACACCGUCAUCGAUAAUUUGAUUAGCUGGGUGAAUGCUAGCCCAUACAAGAGCGUCGUUUCUUCCAUCGCCCCCGUUAACGAGCCCUGCGGACCCGGACAAGCGACUUCGGACAGGCUCAGUACGUACCAAUCAUUCUUGGGGCGGACGUACCCUAAGAUCAAGAAAGCUGGCUUCGCGACGUGGUUCCACCACGGCUUUGUGCAGAACCCCUCUUCCUACUGGAAUGAAUAUGCUUCGACGCUUGACCCGGCAUGGGCCGUCAUCAACGACAAUCCUUACCCUGGAUACUUCCCCGCCGUCAACGACCAGAGCACUAUCAACAACAGGGUCUGCAACAACAUACAAGGCUGGGCAUCCUUCCCUAUUCCCGCAGUCAUGACCGAAUGGUCGCUAGCUAGCGGGAUCCACGACGCCGACUGGAAUCGGCAAUACUUUGCCACGCAGGCCAGUGGCUACGCUUGGUCGGCCGGCUCGAUCUUCUGGAACCUGCGCAUGCAGAACAGCAGCAACCCAGUGCAGGCUGCACCCUCGGCUGUGCAGUACCAGUACUCGAUGAUUGACCUGAUCAACAACGGCAUCAUUCCCAAGAUCAACCAAGGCCAAAGUGCGCUAGACUACCUCCGCGCGCUGCCUAACCCGGCGUGCGGCUCGAUCAAGCUGAGCAAAUGGUGAGCUUUCUGAAAGCGAAGAGAAAAAGGGAAACGUCUGGCACGCCUCCUUGGCGAUUAGACCCGGCCCAUCACGUCAGCUUUGUCGAGCUUUCCCCGAGUUCCUUCUAUUGGUACACAAGCAUACAUGCAAUAAAACGGAAAGCCAGCACGCGCAUCGAACGGUCAUGAGCAAGCAUCGCAUCACUCACUCAGCACAUUCUGCGGACCCCACUUCUGGACAGAUCCACAUAUCUCGCCGUCCCACGUCAUCUCGGUGAGCAGGAGUUUGAGGAUUGCUCCUGACCAGCCGCAAAACACAUCCAUCACAUUCGCAGCCGCCUUGCUACAUACACCCUUUACGCCGUGGGAUUCGGCGCC